ACUGUGCCCUCCCUUUCCGAUUGGUUUUGGGACGGGUUUAAGGGGAAGGGUCGUCAUUGGUUCGCCGCUCCGGCUCGGCCUGAGCCCGCCCCCGCUCGGUUGCCGUGGUUGCAGGCCCGACCCGCCCGCCAGCUCGCUGACAGCGCGACUCAGGGCGGAGGGAAGUAGGUCCGUUGGUCGGUCGGGAACGAGGCUCAGGCGGCGAGGCCCGCGCGGAGCCGUUGCCAUGGCAGCCGCCGCCGGGGACGCGGACGACGAGCCGCGCUCCGGCCACUCGAGCUCGGAGGGCGAGUGCGCGGUGGCGCCGGAGCCGCUGACUGGCGCUGAGGGCCUCUUCUCUUUCGCCGACUUCGGGUCUGCGCUGGGCGGCGGCGCGGGCCUCUCGGGCCGGGCGUCCGGUGGGGCCCAGUCGCCGCUGCGCUACCUGCACGUCCUGUGGCAGCAGGAUGCGGAGCCGCGCGACGAACUGCGCUGCAAGAUACCCGCCGGUCGUCUGAGGCGCGCCGCCAGGCCCCACCGGCGGCUCGGGCCCACGGGCAAGGAGGUGCACGCUCUGAAGAGACUGAGGGACUCGGCCAAUGCCAAUGAUGUGGAAACAGUGCAGCAGCUGCUGGAAGAUGGCGCGGAUCCCUGUGCAGCUGAUGACAAGGGCCGCACAGCUCUACACUUUGCCUCCUGCAAUGGCAAUGACCAGAUUGCGGCCUGCACCAACCACGUUCCUGUCAUCACCACACUGCUACGAGGAGGUAGGUGGUUUCUUCCCCUCUCUGUCCUCUCUCUCCCCGUCACCCCCAGAAUGCUCACCUCAGCUGGUACCUGCAGGGGCCCGUGUGGACGCCCUGGACCGAGCUGGUCGCACACCCCUGCACCUGGCCAAGUCAAAGCUGAACAUCCUGCAGGAGGGCCAUGCCCAGUGCCUGGAGGCUGUGCGUCUGGAGGUGAAGCAGGUGAGUACCCCUCCUACGUGGAGCCCACGGCACCAAGGCAGCACUGGACAGAUGCUGACCUAACCACAGACACACCUGCCUCUGGCCCCAGGGCUCCUGGGUCGUUUCACACUGACCCCAGUUGGCACCUGCUCCACUGUGCUUUUUGGAAGCAGCAUCAGCCUGUCUGCGUCCCUAGGAACCCAGGCAGCUCAGCUCACCCUCUUGUUCCAGAUCAUCCACAUGCUGAGGGAGUAUCUGGAGCGCCUAGGGCAACACGAGCAGCGAGAACGCCUGGACGACCUCUGUACCCGCCUGCAGAUGACCAGUACCAAAGAGCAGGUGAGCUGAAGCCACAGGCCCAGACCCAGGGCCUGGCAGGAGCCUCAGGGCCAGUCCACCCUGCUCCAAUGCCACCAGACACUCGUAUCAGAAAGAGGCUGUGGGCUGGGGCCAGCCGCAGGGGCUCACACCUGUAAUCCCAAUGCUGUGGGAGGCUGAAAUGGGAAGAUCACUUGAGACUAGGAGUUCGAGGCUGCAGUGAGCUGUGAUUGCCACUGAACUCCAGCCUGAGUGACAAAGCAAGGUCCUCUCAGAACAUGUGGAAAAAGGCAAAAAUUAUAAAAACAAACAACAAAAACAGAGCAAGGCCCUGUCUCAAACAAAAAAAGUGGGAGAAAGAGCCUGUGAUUGUGGUGUUGCAGGCUUCAAAGCCUCCGUUCACUUCCUUUGAAGUUGCCAGUGGCUAGUGUGUGUUCAUGGCCCUGCCCUCUAGGACAGCCCUAGGCCACCUGGUGUCAAAGAUUAACCCUUGGUCAGCUGCUGCAUAGUCAGAAGCCACCACACGCCCUGGGAGGAGAGACUGUGCCUGUGUUCUGUGCCUGUGGGAUUGCGGAAGAGACCCAGGAGCCCUGGCACACCCCAUGUCCCAUAACAGAGCCUCUGUUCCGUCCUGCAGGUGGAUGAAGUGACUGACCUCCUGGCCAGCUUCACCUCCCUCAGUCUGCAGAUGCAGAGCAUGGAGAAGAGGUAGCAAGAGAGGCUCCCUGCCUUCCUGCCACUGCCCCACCCUGCCCCACUGCUGUCUCAGUACCAAGAAAAAGCCCAACAUCUGGGACUUGGAGCUGCACUUGUCUGGUGAGGACCUUGCCCUCCCCGGCAGAUGCCGUGGGGCAGAGAUGCUCUCUCUCCACGGCCUUAGAGCCACUCCAAGCCACAGUCUCCAGCAUCUCUGUGGACAGGGACUACAGCUCCCAGCUUCUUCCAGUUCCUACAGCACCAGACCAGCCUCUGCAGCUGCACUUCAGCUCUGCAGACCUGCAUUAUCUCAGCAGACCUCACUCGCCCCAUGGCCUUCAUGGCGCGCUCCAGGCCUCAGACCCUUCCCUGUGUUCUGUCCUGGCCACGGGCUUGUUGCAGUCAGCAGGUGUGGGCUUAGGCGGGCACCCUGUGGCCAGGGGGACUGCGUGGGGCUCUUAGUUGGUCCUGUGCCUCUCACCAGCACUUAGACCCAUCACCAGACUUUCAAGGAGAUACUGCAGUGAGUUUCUCUGGUUGGAAGGGGAGGGUUGGUGAGUCCCAGACCUUAAAAAUACAAGGUUAAGUGGGACCCCAAAGCAAAAAUUCCAACCCUUUUCCUCCCAGUCAUUGAAACACCAAAACAAUUAUACUGGAGGGUGUAAUAGUUUUGCUGCCCAGUUGUGGUAGGCCAGUAGUGGCCCCCCAAGAUGCCCAUGUCCUAAUCCCAGGAACCUGUCGAAAUUACCUUGUAUGGCCAAAGGGGCUUUGCAGAUGUAAUGAAGUUAAGGAUCUUUGACUGGGAAGAUUAUCCCGGCUUGUUCAGGAGGGCCUGAUGUCCUCACCUGGGUCUGUGUAAGAGUAGAGCAGGUGACGGGAGAGGGGGUGGGAGGUGUAGUGAUGGAGCAGGAAACUGGAGUUGAGGAGGGCAGCUCAAGCCACAGAGUCCAGGCCACCUCAGAGCCAGGAAAUGCAUCCUCCCACAGAGCCCUGGAAGGCCCCGGCCCUGCUCCCACCUGGACUGGCUCAGUGAGGCUAAUUUUAGAAUUCUGGCUGAUUUUAGAACUCUAAGGGAAUAAAUUUGUGUUGUUUUAAGUCA